AUGGCUACGGUGCUUAUUACACCAAACGUGACUGUGCUCUGUUCCAUAGUCUCCACGUGGACAGACAGCAACGGCCCGCAGAAACAGUCGAGAGAGGUGCUGGCAGCCAAGGACGCCGCCACUGCAGUCCCUGAGCUGGGCCUAAUUGACACUAUACUAAAGGAACUCGCAGAAUACCUGGGAAGGUCGCAUCCCUCUCACAAUGAGUUCAAAGAGCUGCAGGAGGUGCUCUGCCAGACAAACCUUGAACUGCAGGGAAUUCACGCAGUUCGUUGGUUGAGCCACGUGGAUGCCAUCACGCGCUUGGUGUGUGUGCUCCCUGCCGUCAUCGUGCUCCUGUGGGAGUGGGACGACGACUUUUACCACAUUGUGACUUCAAUGAAGUUCAAUGUGUAUCUUUAUUACCUUGCCGACAUGCUCAUCAUCCUCAACAACCUCAACCUGGAGUUUCAGAAGCGGGAGGUCGACAUGACAUCGGUGCAGUCGACUGUGUGCCGCACCUUGAUCACCAUCCGUACGCGCUACAUCGAGUGCGGCGAUGACUUCGGUGGCGGCCCACAGCAACAUCUCGGGGCCUUCCUAGCCAGGCUCAGCUACAGCAAGACCCCGGAUGACUUGCAGUCGUGCCUCGACGUCUGCCGCCGCCACGCCAAGUCGACGCUCAGCCACCUCCAGACGAGGCCGGGGGAUCUCGAAAGCCUGAACGGUGUCAGGCUUUUUAUGCCAGACACGUACCCUGAUGACAAGGAGGGAGGCGCUGAGGAGUGCCUCGAGCACUUCGAGACUCUCGUCGACUUGUUCCAUGCCCGCGAGCGAGCAGACAUUCUCCCAGGUAAGCACAUCUAG